UCUGGCUUUACCUAUGUGAAGCUAAACGAGAGAAUUGCUGACCAACUUAACGUUUGAGCAUCACAUAUCACUCAUUUGUAGCACAUUUGCUAUGAGAGGCUCUGUUCUGAGAUUGAACAGACUACUUACAACAAUCUCAAGCUCAGCUCGAUUUCCUAGCUCACCUCUUACAAGGGCUUUUCCUCUUGUAAACACAAGAAGAUUCUGUUCUUCUUGUCAUUCUCUAAACAAUUCGUCACUCAAGAUGGCCGACAAUGGUGCUUGGGGCGCCUGGCAGGUUGAAUCUUCAACCUUCACAAAGGCAGUAGUUGCAGCUAUGCAGAAGCUAUACCCUGAGGAAAUCGCAGAUAAAAGCUGGGACAACGUUGGGCUCUUGGUAGGGAACUCAGAAAAUGAUGUCAAGAAGUCAAAGAAGGUCUUGGUGACCAAUGACCUGACCUACCAAGUCGCCGUUGAUGCUAUUGAGCAGGAUGUUAGUGUCAUUGUUAGCUAUCAUCCCUUCAUAUUUGGAGGCCUCAAGUCCAUUACCAACAAGGAUCCUCAGCAAGCUACUCUUCUACGCCUUGCCAAGGCUGGUAUUGCUGUCUACUGCCCUCACACGGCAGUCGAUGCCGCUCCCGAAGGACUCAACACAUGGCUUGCAGAUAUUGUUUCUGGCCCUCACCAAAGCCAACGCUCUGUCGCGAUCCCCUGUAGCACUGUUCCCUCCAGUCACUCUGGCGCAGGCUAUGGUGCCAUCGGCCGCUUCGACAAUGCUGUUUCUCUCUCCGAGAUCAUUCUUCGUCUAGCUGAGAAACUCGGCGGUCUCAAGCACGUUAUGGUAGCAAGUCCUGUUGGUGCUGAUGUCAAGACUACCAAGAUUAGCAGCUUUGGUGUUUGCGCUGGUAGCGGGUAUGAUGUGCUCAAGAAGGCUGAGGUUGAUCUUUUGGUGACUGGCGAGACCAGCCAUCACUCAGCUUUGAGAGCUAUUCAACAGGGACAAACACUUGUCCAGGUCUUUCACAGCAAUUCUGAAAGGGGAUAUCUUCAAGAAGUGCUUAAGCCCAAGUUAGAGGCUGCUAUCAAGGAGAAUGUUCCCGAGGCGGAGGUUGUUGUGAGCAAGUACGACAAGGAUCCUUUUACUAUCUUGGAUGUCAAUGAUCUCAAAUAGUUUGAAUAGGAUUUUGAACAGUUAAAGCGCAAAGGAGCAAUAAAAUCCCAGAUAAACUCCGUCAACUUCCAUAGAUGACUCACUGCUGAACUUUAGUGGUAUGAGUGAUCUGUGUUUUUUCCGUGGACGGCGGCUCAAC